UUCAAUACUUGGAGUAUGUACUUUACUUUCUUGGCAUUCAAUCUCCACACAAAGAACUGAUAUAUAACCAUAAUUAACGACGCGUGUACCUGAUAGUAUUGUUUAGCUUUUAUAAAGCAAUUUUUUAAAUAUAAUUUUUUAAUACCAAUGCAGUAAUACAUCUAAUAAAAUAAAUGAAUGUUUUAAACGACAUGUUUCGACGUGUCCCACGUCAUCAUCAGGCAAUAUCGCUGUGCUACUGACGUCUUAAAUACUGCCGGUCAGAUGUAAGGUGAAAACAAGCAAAUAUUAAGAUUUCGACCAAUAUCGGAUAUGGCUAUGCGAACGAUGUUUGUUCACCAGUCAAAAGAUACUAUCUUCACCACAUUGCUGCUGGUGUGCUUCAUAAGUUUGUUAUGUUUACUCUCUCUUCAAAAUACCGUUCAAAGCAGUAACAAACAGAAGGAAGAUCUGUCUGUAGACGCACUAUCAUGGAAACAUUUCAACCAUCGCGUAAAGGAACGACAUUUUGCGGAAACAUUUUUUGCACCGUCGGAAGAAAAAACAGAAAUUCGUCACACAGUGCAUCCUACUGUAAAACGUGACAAUUGUACUAUGGUAGAUCAUAUUGUAUUUGUAAAAACUCACAAGACAGCGAGUACAACCUUAGCUUCCAUUCUACAGCGAUUUGGUUUCACGAGAAAUUUAACUUUUACUCUUGGUAAACGAGGGCAUAUCUUAUCCAGUGUGAAUUUGUUCCAACGUAGCAUGAUCCCAGCUCUCCCCCAAAAAUCAAAACUUUUUGAUAAGCCCUUAAACGGUUAUCAUCUACUUACAAACCAUGUGAGGUACAACCGACCAGAAAUGGAUGCCGUAGUACGUAAUGCAAAGUACAUCACAAUAAUACGGGAGCCUGCUGCUCAUUUUGAGUCGACUUUUGGAUAUUUUGAAAUGGCAAAGCGCCUCAAAUUAACCAAUCAUAGCAACCCCAUAGAAGUCUUUAUGAAAAAUCCAAGUAAAUUCUUGGCAAAAAAGUUUUACAUGUGGCAGCGGGCUAAAAACGGUCAGUUAUAUGACCUAGGCCUAGAACACCAAGUGCACAAUGACCUUUAUCACGUGCAGUAUAAAAUCAGGCAGCUGGACUCUGAAUUUGAUUUAGUUCUCCUCUCUGAAUAUUUUGACGAGUCUUUGAUACUACUUAAGAAGUUAAUGUGCUGGAGUUUUGACGACAUCCUUUACGUGUCAAACGGCAUCCGUAGCUCUAGUCAUCGUUACGACCUCAAUGACCAGCUCCGAGCACGCAUACGCAAGUGGAAUAGCGCUGACGUCAUGAUGUACAACCAUUUCAAUAAAACAUUAUGGAGAAAAAUUAAAGAGUAUGGUGAUGGUUUUAAAUCAGAUCUGGCAGAGUUCCGUUUCAGAGAAAGAGCAGCCAUGCAGAAGUGUAUCGAUGAGCAGCGACUCAAUAGAAGUGACAGACGAGAAGAAAAAUUUGUUCUCAAGAGAAACGUGACUGGAUCUAUUUUCUGUGAAAAUAUAUUAAGAGGCGAUAUACAGUACACUAAAUUGAUUCGAAAUUUUAUGCAGUCACAAGGACUGCACCCAACAUCACCACCUAUUAAAGACAACGUCCCCAGGCAAAAAGCCUCAAGAAGUAUAUUGAAGAAUCCUCCUCAAAAUAAUGCUAAUAUAUUGCCCAAAAAAGUAAACAAAACUAAUGGUCAUAAUUGAUUCUAGGCUUAUGUAUUAAAUUAUUUAUAGUUAUUCCAAAACCACUAGACUUUCAAGCCAUCAACUACCUCUAGGCUUCAGAGAUACAUGACAAUAUUUGUCCAAUGGUAUCUUACAUUAUCGUCGGUCCUUUGUAAAAAAGCGUAAUAACUUGAUCAAUUACACGAUUGAACGAAAGUAGAAACAAGUGUGUAUCCACAUGGCUCACAAACUGAUGCUUAAAUAAUAUGUGGUAAAAUUUAUUAUCUUAAAUAUAUUGCAAGAAAAUGGUUGUGUUUUAUGUAUUACGUGAUGCAGCGCAUAUAGGCCUACUUGUUUACAUAUUAACGCGAUAGCUAACGACUAGAAGGGUGUGCGCUUGUCCGAUAAAAAGAUAAGAUAAAUAUACUGUUUUGAAAAGCGACUUUUGACUAAUUUUAAUCUCGCAUUUAAUACUUUUCAAUUUUUUGAACAAAUGUUAAAUGGUUGAACAAUUUUAAGAAUACUUAACCGGUAUUUUAAUAGAAAAUACGGUAGUGUUUUGAAUACGGCAGGGUGUUUUCCAAUAUUAUAAUCACAAAUUGCAGUAGAUCUAUUAAUAAAUUAUAUUAAAUUAUAACAAUCAAAUUGCGCAUUCAAAUAAAUACUCCAAGCUUGUCGACAGCCGUUGUUGUACACGAUAUAUUGACUGACUGCAAGUUAUUGUGUCGUCAUAUACGGUGUCAAAUUACCAUUUAUUUGGUAAUGAGGUAAUGGUGUGCUGAAUGCUGCUAUUGUUGAAAAUGAAUACUUUUGUAAAAUUAACGAUAGUGUUACUUAUAUUUAUAUAGUAUGAUAAUAAAUUUAGUUUAAAAA